AUGCCGGGGGGUAGAGUUGAAUUUCAGAAAAUCACUCUACAGGUCAACAGGGGGGGACGGCGCGCGUCAUCAACUGCUAGCGUGACCAGCUCCAUUCUCAAUUAUCGACUCGAAAACGGGAGAACAUACCACGCGUACAAGGACGGAAAAUACUACAUGCCCAAUGACGAAAUAGAGAACAACAGACUAGACUUGCAGCACAAUCUGUUCCUCCUGACUUUUGAUAGCAAGCUUAGUCUCUCCCCGCCGAACCUUCCCGAGUUCAAGACCGGCCGGGUUCUCGACCUGGGUACCGGUACAGGCAUUUGGGCGAUCGACUUUGCUGACGAACAUCCCGAGACUGAGGUGAUAGGGGUCGAUCUGUCACCUAUCCAACCGGAAUUCGUGCCCCCGAAUCUGAAGUUCGAGGUCGACGAUGUUGACGAGGACUGGUCUUGCUCUCAGCCUUUUAACUAUGUUCACAGCAGAAUGAUGAACGCCUCAGUCAAGCGUUGGCCCGAGUAUUUACGUAAGAUGUUCAAGAAUCUUACUCCGGGCGGCUACGCUGAGCUCCAGGACAUCGAUGUAAUUCUGCGAUCAGACGACAACACUCUUACGCAGGAUCAUGCUCUUCGGAAAUGGGCACGGAUGUCCUUUCAUAGAGACCUGCGAAUUCCGGCUGAUGUUGGGUUCGUUGAUAUCGGGGAGACGCCAUUCAAAUGGCCGACAAACCGCUGGCCCAAGGAUAAAAAAUUCAAGGAGCUCGGAGAUUGGAGCAAUGUGAACACACAGGAAUCUCUUGAGGGGCUUUCAAUGGCUUUGUUCACAAGAUGCCUUGGCUGGACUCCUGAGCAGGUUCGUGUUUUCCUGGUUGACGUCAGGAAUGAUUUGAACAAUCCGAGUAUCCAUGCCUACUGCGUACUGAUAUUCUACUAG